AAUUGAAACGUCAAUCAGCUGUUUUCAUAAUCUGACAAGUUUCACCGGCUAAAUUUUUUCUGCUUCUGCAUGGGAAAAAGGAAUUCUUUAUAUUUUUUAUUUCUUUAAAUUUAACCAUUUCAUGCUUUACUCAAAGUUUUCCUAAAAUAAGUUAUAACUAUGAGCACAUUAAAGGCGAUAUUUAACAAGCAGGGACUGUGGUGUGCACAACAGCGGUACGCUCUGUCGAAAUUAACGAGAACAACAUGCAUUGCGACAUGUACAUUCAACAACAGUAGUGCUAACAGCAGCAACAGCACGAGAAAGUAUUCAAAUUUUGCACCGCAUUUGAAUAAUGAGUUUUCAAAAUACGACGGUAUAAAUAAGACACUAUUGACAACAAUAUUCUGGCAGUCGCAAACAACAUCUCGACAAUACGGCAAGAAAUCUCCACAGUUUACUAGCAAAGAAGAUGCCAAAGCGAUUGAAGAUGAUUUAUUUGGUGAAACAUCCAAAUUGGGACUUUUUGCAAGAUUCAAACUUAUGUAUAAAAAGUAUUGGUACGUUUUGAUACCAGUACAUAUUGUAACGUCAAUCGGUUGGUUUGGUUCUUUCUAUUAUCUGUCAAAAAGUGGAGUAGAUGUACCGUCUAUGUUACAAUACAUACAUUUAAGUGAAUCCAUAAUCAACAAGGUGCAAGAUUCUGAAAUGGGUCACAUAGCGAUAGCCUAUUUAUGCUAUAAAGUAGUUACACCGCUUAGAUAUGCACUUACCUUGGGUGGUACAACUGUUUCUAUUAAGUACCUCGUACAGGCUGGACAUAUCAAACCUAUACCAAGCAAAAAAGAUAUCAUCAAAAUAUAUGCACAAAAGAAAGCAGACCGUGCAGCUGCCAAAGCAGAAAAAGAGGACAAAUUCGUAGAGAAAAAAUGAUAUUACGCCUAUGUCCAAAACAAGUCAAAACGUUAAUUUCAUUUUUUUAUUUUGCAUGAUUUUAAAAAUCGACAGAAUCAAACUUAUAUUUUGUAUUAAUAUGUUUUCAAUUUAAAUCUUUUAAUUGUUUGUUAAAUUGGAAACGGUUUAAUACAAAUAAACGAAAACAUAAAUUUUCCUCAAAGGUGGAGAUUGUAAAAUAAAUUAAUAUGUUUUAAAUUUCAUUUUAUAUAUAAUAUAAGACCUAUGAAAUAUAAAACCUAUUAAUGACUAUAAGGCGGCGGUUAAUUUUAAAAGUGACUUUAAUGUUAAGAGGCAUAUAAAAUUGUUAGUGUAAUCUUAUCUUGGAUAUAUAAAUAAUUGUUUUCAUUUAAAUUUAUAUUAUCAAGACUUGGCAUUAAAAAUGCCUUCUGUAAAUAUUG